AUGGCCGGGGCAGCUGCUGAGCAGCUGGUGUGCGUGACCGGAGCUGGAGGCUUCAUCGGGUCAUGGCUGGUCAAGGAGCUGCUCCAACGCGGCUAUGCUGUGAGGGGCACCGCCAGGGACCCUGAGGACUCCAAGAAUUCGCAUCUGCUGGCACUGGAUGGAGCUCAGGAACGGCUAUCUCUGUACCAUGCGGAUGUGCUGGACUACAUGUCACUUCGUCGUGCCUUCAGCUUAUGUGAUGGUGUCUUCCAUGUUGCCUCCCCGAUAUCCAAUGAUCCUGACCUUGUGCCGGUUGCUAUUGAGGGAACAAAGAACGUUAUGAACGCUGCAGCAGACAUGCGGGUUCACAUCGUCUUACGGUGCUGUCCAUAUGAACCCUAA